AUGGCGCUCGGGACCGGCAAGGCAUCAGUCGCCUUCUUGAUCCUCCGAAUCAUGGGCAAGAGCUUCUGGCGACGCGCGUUUCUGAUUUAUGGCGCCAUGAUCGCAAGCUUCGUCUUCUGUUCACUUGCUAUUAUCCUAACCUUCGCUCAAUGCCGGCCAGUCGAAGCUUUGUGGAAUCCAAGUUUAGUUGAGAUGGGCAAGGCUAGAUGCUGGCCUCCAGCUAGACAGGCAGAUUUUUCGGUUUUCGCGGGAUCAUGGCUCGCCUUCAUGGACCUCGCAAUGGCAAUAAUACCAAUCACGAUUAUAUGGAAGCUACAAAUUAGUCUGCAGCGAAAAGUUGCCAUCUGCUGUCUCAUGGGCUGUGGUGUCUUUGCGUGCAUUAGCGGCGCAAUCAAGACAUCAAAAUUACUCCAGCUGACUGCGCGCUCUGACCUUACUUGUACGCAUCUCUCCUCAAUAAGGGCGUUUGAAAUUUCUAUGCUAACAAUCGAAUCAGAUAUCACCGUAUCUCUGUGGAUCUGGAAUGCGUGGGUCAUUCCUGAUAAAGAAAAUUUCUCAUUCAUACCGCUUACUUUGGAUCAGGAAUGA